AUGCGCCACCAGAUUGAGGAGACGAAGAUACUUGCCCAUAACGGGCGGAUGUGGGGCAUAACAGCUGUGGCUGGCCUGCGGGGUAUGGCCUAUAUCGGUUUCAUAACGGUCCUGCCUUUGUAUCUGGCCGACGAAUUGGGUCUGAAGCUGAUCGAGGGGGAAGGUGGUUUCGAGAACCUCUUCUACCGGGGUUCGUUGAUAGGGCUGCUGGUGCUGGUGGGCAUCUUCGCCAGCCCGGUCAUGGGUUACCUGUCCGACCGUUAUAGCCGAAAGCUGGUGCUGGUGCCCGGGAUGGGCGUUCUGGCUGUAUUGACCUUUCUUAUGGCGUCCCUUGGGGACACCCUUACCGGAAUGACCAUUCUGUUGGCGGGUUUGGGCCUGUUCCUGUACAGCGAUCAACCCAUACUCACGGCCUCUGCCAUGGACAUCGUGCGAGAAGGGACGGCAGCUACGACCUUGGGUAUGAUGUCCACUUCACGGUUCAUCUUCAGCGCCGUCUCUCCCAUAAUCGCUGGCGCCCUUUACACUAUCAAUCCCGACAACCUUUUCUACUACACGACGACCCUCUACGUGGCGGCCAUUGUGAUUUUGCUCUUCAUACGCCUGCCCAACGCUACUCCCCCGGUGCAUACUGAGGGUGGCCAUCAAGACCACGGUCACCAGCACGCCCACGCUUCCGAAGAAGCAGCUGUUCCGCAGCACAGAAGGAGAUGA